ACCUACCUUAUGAAGAUUCAUGUCUGAUUGCACUAUUUGAGUCGUUUAUUGGAUCCACCUUUGACGGUAAUCCUUGCACCAUGCUGCAAAUAUCUUAUAAGUCGUUUCUCUAUUAAUUCACAUAAUUCAUCUUUUUCGGGAAUCAAACCCAAAUCUCCUGGUAUAUAAGCAUUAAUGAAUCUUUGGUUAAACCACUGGACCAAUAGCUUCCACUAGAGUAGUAUAUAUGUAACAAGUAAUUCGUAGUAAUUACUACAUUUUCAAAUAUCUCCAAUAUGAAGCCUAAAUUCAGAAACUUCUGACAACCUACGUUUGGGAGUUCCCAUUCCCUUAGAGUAAGCUAUACAAAAGGUUUGGUAGAAGGAAUUAGAAGGUGACGGCCCAUUUAAUCAAGCUACAUAACCCACAAAUUUGUAAAUGAAUUAUAAUUUUGUUAUAAAUUUUGAAUAAAAUAUCUUCAAAUCUUCAAUAGUGAUCAAUUCUAUCUCCCAUGUAUGUAUCAUAUUUUCGGAAGAAUAUCAUUAGAAUCAGCAAAGAAAACACCAAAAACAAGUCAGUUGAUUUUGGGAAUUAUGGGUGCUCCACUCGAAAUCGUCAUUUCUUACCAAGGGUCUACAGUUUAUAUAAAAAAAAAAACUUAUCAUUUUACUUACAAUAUACCCUACAUAUCAAUCAAUGAAAUUAGAACAAGGUUGCAUACUAGUAUAAACCUCGAUCCUGGAAUCUGAGAUCGUCGAACAGAAUGUUAACAUUAUCACAAAGUGAUGAUAGUACAUUGUCAUGUGAAAAAACAAUUAGUGACUUGAAGUGAAACCACCUAUGAGCACCUAUGAGUCCUAACCACAAGAAGAGGGUUUGGCUGUAGAACAAGUGGCAAAUUAAACCUAUUAAAUCUCCAGAAAAAACUACUAUAAAUACCCACGGCCUCACUACACUUCAAUUCACCAAAGUACGUACAGAACAAAGAUCGUUUAAGAGCAAAAUGGCCCCAAAAGGUGUAACAAACACUUUAGUUUUUGUUCUUGCAUUGAUCAGCAUCCUCUUCAUCGGCCAAACCAAAGCCCAAGGCCGGCCUAGUCCCCGGUUGCCUCCACCUCCACCACUACAACGGCCUUCAUCACCACCUCCACCAUUAUUGGUGUGUCCACCAUGUGUUUGUCCAAUAUUAUCACCACCUCCACCAAACACCCCACCGCCAACCCCUCAGACUUCACCAAUAACACCAGUGGCUCCCCCACCGCAGACACCACCUAGCAACCUACCCCCAGCGUUUCCACCAAACAAUCCAUCAGCAACCACACCACCGCAAACUUCUCCAACUCCACCACCACAGACUCCAUCAGUAAGUCCUCCAAUCACUCCAACCAUAUCACCCCAGCUUCCUCCAUCAAACAUCACGCCAACGCCUACGGAGGAGAUUCUACCAGUGCGUCCUUCAGUUCCACCAUCACAGACUCCGCCAGUGCAUUCUCCAAUUUUUUCACCUAAAUCUCCAUCAAUCUUACCACCACAGGUUCCAUCAGUGCCUCUUCCAAUUACACCAUCAGAAACUCCAUCAACCAUACCACCGCAGACGCCACUACAAAGUCCACCUCAAACUCCACCAACCACACCACCACAAACUCCACUAGCGCCUCCUCCAAACACACCACAACCUUCUUCUCCUCCUCUAAAUUUCCAACCACCACCUCCCCCACCGCAGACUCCUCCGUCUCCUCCCCCAAACUCCCAACCACCCUCAGUGCCUCUUCCAAUUACACCACCACAGACGCCGCCACAAAGUCCACCCCAAACUCCGCCAACCACACCACCAGAGACUCCACCAGUGAGUCCUCCAAACACACCACCACUUCCUUCUCCUCCUCUAAAUUUCCAACCACCACCGCCCCCACCGCAGACUCCUCCGUCUUCUCCCCCAAACUCCCAACCACCCUCAGUGCCUCUUCCAAUUACACCACCACAGACGCCGCCACAAAGUCCACCCCAAACUCCGCCAACCACACCACCAGAGACUCCACCAGUGAGUCCUCCAAACACACCACCACUUCCUUCUCCUCCUCUAAAUUUCCAACCACCACCGCCCCCACCGCAGACUCCUCCGUCUCCUCCCCCAAACUCCCAACCACCACCACCCCCAACUUGUCCCAGAAAUGCCAGCCAAUUAAGGGCAUGUUCAAAUACCAUAAGACGUUUUGGUAACUUCCUGGACUUUGGAAGAGCACAACCAUGCUGCUCUCUCAUCCGAGAUCUAUCUGAUGCUGAAGUAGCUGCAUGCCUAUGUGGUUUGGUGCAACCACAAAGUCAAAGAUAUUCCACUCCUUCUCGCAAUAUCUUUAUCAUUUGUAGGGCUUGUGGUCGCCCGAUGCCUCGAGGUUUUAUGUGCCCAUAAUCGUUACUAUAUGUACCUUUCUAAAAUUACCUAUAUACUUUAACGUACUCGCUACUUAAACCACAACUAAAGAUUUGCGGCUUUUUUUUUCACUUCCUAUCAAUACUAAUGUAAUAAAACAUCAAUAAAUCCUAUGUUGACUUUUACAUAUAUUGUUUGUUGUUCUGUUUCUAAUCACACUAUCUAAGUUAUUGAAAUUUAUAAAAGACCUGCAUUAUACAUGUAUGAAUAUGCUUAGUAAUACAAUCACUAAUAAAAACUAUUAUAUGACCUAGUCUUAUAGAUAUCGAUCUAGUAAAGAACUUAUCCGAAAUAAUUGAAGCACAAAAAUGUAUAAUCUUUACAGAAUGCAAAUACCUUAUAUGAUUCAAAACAAACACAAAUGUUCGUAUAAUAUACACUAAUGAAACAGAGCAUCAGAUAUUUUUCAACUUUUGUCAUCUUCCUUCUAAAAGUUUCAGCUAGUAGUACAAUAUUUUCUCAAUCUUUGUAGUAUCCAAAAGGAUCUAAAUGAUUGAACAGAUUCUACCGAAAGUUUUUUGCAAACUCAUUUUAAAAUAUAUCUUUGAAACUGAAACCUACGACCAAAGAGCUGAACAACAAAAAACCUACGGCCAAAGAAAUAGUUACUACACUAUCUUUGGCACAUUAUACCACACAAUUUUAGUCCAUAGCAAGUGUUUGUUUUUUAUAUCCCAUGUGGAGAUUCUGGAGAAACCUGAAUGGUAGGAACUAGAUGUGACCCAAGAGUAAUAUCUGGUCCGUGGAGAGGACAUGGUAUAGAUACGCUCCAGAAGAAUGGCAUGAAGGAUUUGAAGAGGCUGGAUUCCAAAGAACCAUCAAAGAAAACAAUCACAUUAUCAGUAAAUGCAAGGUGUGAGUUGCAUCUAUUUCGUUACUGUCACAACACCAUGAAUCUUGAGUUUUCAAAUCAGACACCAAGAUCCAUGAAAUUCAAUAUAUAUCUCGAGUUUUCAAAACCUCCUUGAAACAAACAAAAUAAUUCCAAUACUAAAUCCAUGUUUAAUAUAUCAAAAAGACAUAUAUUUGGGAUUCAGUAUUUGUUUGAGUCACAACUUACUCGGAUUACAGAUCAUGGUGAGAACAUUGAAAUAAGGAGGAUGAAGAAAAUUAGAAGAAAUUUACUUUUCACAAUAUGCACAGAUUUGGUGAAAAGCUUGUUGCAUCUAUACUAUUAAAACAAGAUCAUUCUUCUUUUUCCUUUUAAUGAAAUGUCAUUUUUUUUUCAAAAAUACUUUUGAAUUUACAAAUGAAUUUUAAGUUUCAUCAAUGACACAAUAUUUUUGGGCCUAUAACUACAAAAACUGUCCAGAGAAAUUAUAAGUUAUAAUAAUCAAGAUUAUUCACUAAUUAAAUGUCCAAAUUUUAAAACCCAUUAGUAUCAUUUGAGAAAAAUAUUUUAUUAUACACAAAUGAAAUUUAAUAUUAAAUAUAACCCAUAAAAUAAAAUUUUUAGUUGUCAUACUUUAUUAUAAGGAUUCUUAUAUUUUCUUUAUGCUAUAACAUAGUUAAGAUCAAUAAAUUCAAAUAAAAAUUACAAUAACUAUCAUAAAUUAUAAUUUAUUUUAAAUUAUCAUUUGGCGUUAUAAGGUAUACCAUACAAGUAGAACUUAGUAAUUAAAAAUAAGUUUAAAAUAAUUAUCAUUAGGCGUUAUAAUUAUAGCACACCUAUAGAACUUAGUAAUUGUUAAUAGGUCUAUGAAUUUUGUUAUUGUAAUUACAUCAAUAUAUUAUUUUCUUAGUAAUUGUUAAUAGGUUUUUGAAUUUUUACACUAUAUAAAUUAACAAACAUAAUGACAUCUAAAUAUUAUUUUCUUAAAUCUACGUAUCAACUCUCACGAUAGACAAAAUGUUAAACAAAAAUUAUUAUUAUUCAAUAUGAUAUUAAAAAAAUAUAUGAGUAAUUUAAUCAAAAAGUUUUAAAAAUAUUAUCAGAUAUUUUGGAUAUAUAUCAGAUCAACAGUAUCAGAUAACGGGUUAAUAGCAUGUCUAAAUUAUUUUCUUGGGUUAAUAGCAGAUCUACUGGUUCGACCAUGAGUUUGAAUCGGAUAUGAAAACACAGUUUAAAACUCAAAAAUUAUAAUAAAAUAGUUUUUAUAUUAUUUUUUCUAAUAAAAAGUUAUAAAUUUAUACAUAUUAUCAAAAUAGUCAAUAAAAAAAUAUUCAGAUUUUGAAAAGCGGAUCAAAAAUAUAUUAUUGAUCUGCUUUUCAAAAUCUGGAUAUUUGUUUUAUUGACUAUUUUGAUAAUUUGUAGUUGUAGUAGCUUCGAAAUCGUAUAGGUAUAAAACAAGGUGUUUUCCUGCACCAUGUGCAGUAAAAAAAAUUUAAAUCUAAUUUAUAUUUACUAAAUUUUUUUAUUAAAUAUCAUAGAUUUUACUAUUUUCUUACUAAUAUUUAAUACAGAUUUGAUAUAUAUUAAAUCAAUUUGUAUAAAACUAAAAAAAUGAUAUAAAAUUGUAUAAUUAUCAAAAAUUUAGCCUAAACAAUAUUUAUAAAAUUUGUAGAUAUAUAAGAAACUAAUAAUCUUACGAUUAGAUAUUUAAUUUUUUAAAAAACUGUAGAAAAUUUUUGAAAGCUUUAGUAAUACAAAUUGUAUAAUUAUACAAAAGUAAUAAUAUUUCAAAAUUUGAAAUGCCAUAUAUGAAUAUAUUUAUUUUAUAGAUGAUGUAUGAGCUAUUACCAUAUUUUAAAAAA